CGCGCGCGUGCGGGAGGGGGCGGGUUGGGAAGGAUCGCCGGCGAGAUCCCGAGGCGAGGCUCGCGCGCCCGCCCCCGCCCUGGCCCCCAGCGCCCACCCGGUCCGCCCGGCUCAGCCAUGAUCAAGGCGAUCCUCAUCUUCAACAACCACGGGAAGCCGCGGCUCUCCAAGUUCUACCAGCCGUACAGUGAAGAUACACAACAGCAAAUCAUCAGGGAGACAUUCCAUUUGGUAUCUAAGAGAGAUGAAAAUGUUUGUAAUUUCUUAGAAGGAGGAUUAUUAAUUGGAGGAUCUGACAACAAACUAAUUUAUAGACAUUAUGCAACGUUAUAUUUUGUCUUCUGUGUGGAUUCUUCAGAAAGUGAACUUGGCAUUUUAGAUCUAAUUCAAGUAUUUGUGGAAACAUUAGACAAAUGUUUUGAAAAUGUCUGUGAACUGGAUUUAAUUUUCCAUGUAGACAAGGUUCACAAUAUUCUUGCAGAAAUGGUGAUGGGGGGAAUGGUAUUGGAGACCAACAUGAAUGAGAUUGUUACACAAAUUGAUGCACAAAAUAAACUGGAGAAAUCUGAGGCUGGCUUAGCGGGAGCUCCAGCCCGUGCUGUUUCAGCUGUAAAGAAUAUGAAUCUUCCUGAGAUCCCAAGAAAUAUUAACAUUGGUGACAUCAGUAUAAAAGUGCCAAACCUGCCCUCUUUUAAAUAAAAAAAAUUUAAAAGGCCACUCCCAGGUAAAAUCCAGGGGGAAAAGUCAUCUAAGUUUACCAUGCAGUUGUUUACCAAAAAUAGAGGAGGAGAGUCUUACCUUUUGCUCUUGGAUUUGUCAAGGUACUGUAUAGAAGUUGUGUAAACUCAGUAUGGCGGUUCAAUGUUGUUUUUCUUGUUCAGUGAUUUUAAAGAAAUUGAGUAGUUUCAGUGUGAUUUUUUUUUAAAAUUUCUUUUCUAAACUGCAUUCCUAUGCCCACCUAAGGCAUGGUUCUAUGUAUUGGCAACAAUAGUAUUUCGAAAAGUGUUUGAAACAUUUCUUUAAAUUAUGUAUUACUCAAAAUGUUGCUGGAGUUUUGUAUGGAUCACAAGUAUAGCAUUCCUUAAUUCUUUCUGUUAUUUGUCACAACUGUUAUUUAAAGAAUCAAGUAUGUAUUGCAUGAAAACGUUAUGACCUUUUCCUCUUAGUUUAAAUAAACUCCAAGGUAACUGGACUCUUAAAGCACCUUUCUGUUCGCCUGAUAUCUACUUUAGCAAUAAUUUUUUUAUGACCCUCUUACUCAACAAAGUAAAUAAAAGUGUAUUUUAUCACUGUUAA